GAGCCAUUGCAAACAACAGUUGUACGCGUCAUGUGGAGAAAGUACGACAAACAUUCGGCUAUAUAUCACACGAAAAGCAAAAUCGAAAACUUACACUUCUCCGUGUCCUUGAAAAACAUCAGCUCCUUAAUAAAAGUGCCUAAAUUUGAGAAAACAAGUGACGUGCAAAGUUUAUCUUUAGAUAACGAUGAGCUCAUUGGAGAGCUAGAAAUCAAGUGGCAAGAGAAAGUCUUCAGUUCCGUCGAGGUCGAAGUCUAUAGUGACGUGGAGAAUUGCUCAAACGAGGUGCAGAGAAAAUAUCACAACCUCAUUCGAGACGGUGAAAAUGUUCGUCAAGGAAAAAUUUUUACUUAUGUUCAAGAAGAUAAUUUCACGCCGAGCGAAGAACUCCUAUGUCAUACGGAGUCUAAGAGAUCGAUUCCCUAUAAAAAGGAGACCCCAGACCCCAACGAAGAGGAAGUGAUGUACGUUUACGCAAGUUUAAGCCCAGAUGUCCUUCUGUUUGAAGUUCGUUGGCGAGCGAAAGAAGGUGUCCUGAUAGUUUGUCCUGAUUUUAACGAUUGUGAAGACAAUCCCUAUUACAUUGAGAUCGACUCGGAUUACAGGCAUCUUUACUCUUAUACUGUUAAAAAUACCUCACCGUCUUUAGACAUGUUAAGUGCAAAACUCGAGAAGAAUAUGAAGUUGGGAACUCGUCCAAUCAUCGACAUUGACCGCAUAUUUGAUAUGCCACCCAAGCAUUCCACGAGAUUUCUAGUUUUGCUGGAGAUUCAGUCAGCAUCUUUUUUUGAGUACGAAAAUCUCCACAUCCGCUACAAAAUCUCAAUUCCUGAUAGGUUUAUUCUCGAGGAAGGCGAGCUGAUGGGAUCUACUCACUCUUCCGUGUCAUUAAAUUCUAUUUGGAAAUUUGGUCAUUGUUUCCAGUUUGCGAUCUUGAGUUCAACGAAAGUUCCAAUUAAUGAGAAUUUCACAAUUUACUUAGAGGCUAUCUCAAUAGAUUCGUGGACCCGUGAAAGACCCGAAGGAUUCGCUUUUUAUACAAUAGAGCUACGUCCCCAGCAAAUACAAAUUGAGAUUCCUUGUUUCAGAGUUGACUAUGGUCUUUUGGAGCGGAUAGAAAGAUUCUUCAUCGGGGGACGACGGCAUUUCGAUUUGGAAAAGUUUUGUAGUGGAAAUGAUGGAAUGCUGAAUAGGUAUCGCACCAAAACUAUCUCAACCGGGAGUUUAAUAAUGCAGUGUCAGAUUAUCAUGCAGAGAAAUGACGAUUUAGCGAGGGGGAUAAAUCUUGAUAAUGAUUUGUGUGUGUUUAAUUUGGAGGAUGUCCUUAAGAAGCAUCACGAAGCACGUGUGAGGCUAGAAAGUGUCGUGUAAAGAGAAACAAUAAAUAUUUUAUUGACCA